AUGAUUAAGGCCAGCCGCAGUUCGUUCUUCCUCCAUCGCCGGUCAUCGCCGCGGCCGCCGCCGCGCAACGUUUCUCCUCUCAUAGACAUUUUAGAAUCACAACGCCCCACAGCCGAUCCAGAUGCCGCACUACUAUAUUCGUAUUCUAGACCAGAUGACGCAAAAUUCUCUGCCCUUUCUUUGGAUCUUUACACGCCUCUCCAAGCUCUGCGAUUUUUCCUCGAAGCUCCGGCGGUGUCUCUUUACAUCUGCGAUACAUUAAUACGUAUGCGGUUGAUCUCUAUCAUAUGCAGCCAGAUGUCACAACAAACAGCCAGAUUUUUCCCCAUAUCCCAUAACCAGUCUCUAGUGCAGUGCACGGCCAGCUGGCCCAAUGGCUCUACUCUUCCCACGACCCCAUCUAGCGUCGACACUUUCAACAUCGUUUGUAUAUGUUCAAAUUUGUUGAAUAAUGUGGCGCUCAUCACGGUCAUCAUCACAAUUAUGACCAAGACCUCUCGCCCCUUUUCCUUUCGCCAUGUCGUUCUCACCUCCUUGAACUUUGCUGUGCGUUGCUUUGCUGUGCUGUGCCGCGAGCUGGCUGCCGUACAUCCCCUCUCGGCUGCAUGCGCAACAUCACGCGAUAAGAACCCGGCACGGGCACCGGCUCUGGCAAUUGAAACCUUCAAAAAGAACGGAGCCUGCAAGAGUGUGCGAAAAACCCAGUUCAGCUUUUCCCUUACCGUAAACCUAUUAUUGUAUAUCGACAACCUUUUAAGUAACCGCAUCACGUGCCAAGGUACGAGGCAGGAGAGGGAGUAUGCCCGCCGCAACGGCUUUUUCAACGAUAGCGACAGCGGUGACGGCGGCGGGAGUGGCAGCUGCGAAACCCGCUUCGGCCUCCGCAAGCGAGCAGUCUCCGCAGCCACAGCAGCAGCCUGUGGACCCCCGUUAGGACCCUGCGAGACUGUCGUACAGCUGCCGCCCGCGGACCCACGGGUCAGUCGCGCCAUGCUGCCACGAGACUACGACCGACGCGCGUGGCUGCUGCUGGCGCGGAUGGCACUUUCUGUCGUACUUUUCGCCGUUUUGACGUCGGCAGCGGUGACGAUAGUGGUUUCACUUGUGGGCGUACGGCAGCUGCUUGUGCUGCUGGCGGCAGCGGAGGCGGCAUUCGCGGUGUACUUCCGCCAGAGGUACUCCGCCCUCAACUCCCAGCCAAUCAAACACGCCCCCGAGUCACAUGAUCCGCUGAGGGCCUUCAACCGCCUACUCGAGUUGGCGAGCAACUCGUCGUACAAUAUUGACGUACACGACUACUUGUCGUCCUGGUUUUGUGGAGCUGACCCCGGCACAAUCCGCCAGGGCAACCUCGCCGACCUCAUUGCGUACGGCUUCUGGUACAAGCGCAGGGGGGAGAUGGAGUCCGAGGGCCAGGGGCCCCUGCUCUGGGACUGUGUAUCGAAGAUGCAGUCUUCCCUGGGUUUCUCCCUUCCCGCGGGCUACACCCACGGAUUGCAAGUCAUGACGCAUCUGUGGGAGCCGCUAAGGGUGUGGUACAGGUGUUUGGUGGCUGCGGAUCUUCCCGUGGUGGCGGUGGAGUACAAGCACGUGUCGAUGAGGUUGUGCUCCAUCAUUCCCUCCGCGGACGACAUUGCGGCGGCGGUAAUGGGCCUUAUGGACCGAUUGGAAAUGGAACAGCACCUUCACUCAAUGUUCCUGCCUUCGCUUCUUGCCAACUUCAUUUACCGGCCGCCUAGAUCCAGCAGUUUGCAACACUGGAUUCAGGACGUACCCUGUCGUACACUCGUGACCAUGGCUGGCGGUGAUGAGUUGAUUCACGUGGGAGCGGUGAUGGAGUUCGUUCGCCACUACGCGGCCAAGGUGCUCUUCCAUCCGGAACACUGCCACGCGCAACUGCUGUUGGACCCCACUUGGCAGCAGCAGCUGGUGGCGGAUGUACGGUCCAUGGCGAGUUCGGGUCUCGGAGCUUCCGGAGCUCGAGAGGUGCAGCGUCGCCUCACAGAGCAACAGCCGCUGCAGCCCCUGGCGGCGACGACGCCGGCGGCGGCGGCGGCCGCCGCCAAACUGCCGCAGCGGCGAAUGACGGUUUCGGAGCUUCAGCGGCUGCUACGGCAACAGGCGCUGCAACAGUGGAAGGGGGGAACCGGCAGCGGCGGAGGCGACGCCGUACCGAGCCACGUUGGCGGCAGCAACGGUGUGAACACCGCGUCCGCCGUACGGAGGCGCUGGACACACGGAGCCCUUGGCGACAAGCUCGUUGGGGUUACGACGGAGUACGACAGCGGUCGAGGUUUUUUCGGAGGCAUUUCUGAGGAGCGGUCUAUGUCACCUGACGACAUUGCCGCCGCCGUCGGCAACGGAUCCUUGACGCAGCUGGCCUCGUCGUCUGUGGAACCGCCGGCGUCGUACGACAUCCUGGCCCGCCGUACGGCAGACGAUGAGGCCGAUGACAGCGCAGAGAUGACGGAGGCAGGCAUGGCGGCGCUGGCGGAAGACCUCCGCCGCUGCAUUGGCAACUCACGGGCUGCCGCCGCCGCCGCCGCCGCCAAAGGCACAUUGUUGCCUCCGCCGCCGCACGGGCUGCCGCCGCAGCAGCCACCGCCGCAGUCGCUGCAAACUAAUCGAAACGGCGGCGGCGCCGCAGCCGAGUUGGACAGCUUGGCUGGGAAACCAGCAGCGGUACCGCCGCCGCUGCCGUCGUCGUCGCCGCCGCCACCGGCGCCGCUGAAAGGUGGCGGCGGCGGCGGCAGUUGCGGAAUUGACGAUGACGUCAGCUUGGGGCCGCUGCGGUGGCUGUCCGCGUCAGCGACGGCGCCGCCGCCUGACUUGGCAGCCAGACGGGCCUGGCCGGACCUCUGGGACCGACGGCUGCUGUUAGAAUUCGAGCUGGCGGAGCCGACGGCAGCGCCGGCGGCGGCGAUGCAGGAGCCGCCGGCGGCGGCGGAGCCGACGGGGACACAGGGCGGGGGAGAGCGGUAG